CCACUUAUUCCGCAAAGGAGAAAACCAGGGGUUACUGUGAGACUCGAGUUAGCUUCAUUACUCAGAAGAUUUUUUGCAUUUCAUUCGAAAUUAUUUGUGGUGAUUAAGGAGGCUGGGGAAACGACCUGCGUGUUUGCGAAGUGGAUUGAGUGAGCUAUGAGUUUACAAGGAUUCGCUAUUCAGUAAUCAGUAUGGAAUAAUUUCUAUUGAUUAAUAUAUACAUAUAGUAGUAUACAUAUAGUUUAUCUGGAAUGGCUUGCUCCGUUCUUCAGCAACACGCCCAUAGUUUCAUCUCCAACCAUCAGUCAUUCAAAGAAUUCCGGCAUGAAUUGGGCCAAAUCAGAUGCAACAACAAGAGGAUUGGAUUUAGGGCCCUCAGAGCUUCUUCUGCCGUUGAGACCUAUUCUCCUACUUCAUUCCCACUCUUUCAACCUCCGCCGCAACUGGAAGAUUAUCAUUCUUCGUCUGAGAGGGAACUUUCCCAACAAUUGGAGCCAGCAGAUCCUGAUUUCUAUAAGAUAGGAUAUGUUCGAAGUGUUCGAGCUUACGGCAUUGAAUUCAAGGACGGGCCCGAUGGAUUCGGAGUUUAUGCUUCCAAGGAUGUUGAACCUCUUCGACGAGCCAGGGUGAUCAUGGAAAUUCCAUUAGAACUGAUGUUAACCAUAAGCCAGAAGCUCCCCUGGAUGUUUUUUCCGGAUAUUAUACCAGUGGGUCAUCCAGUUUUUGACAUUAUUAACUCAACCAAUCCAGAGACAGAUUGGGACCUGAGGUUAGCAUGUCUUCUUUUAUUUGCGUUUGAUCGAGAGGAUAACUUUUGGCAGCUGUAUGGUGACUUUUUGCCAAGUGUUGAUCAGUGCACUAGCCUGCUUCUCGCUACAGAGGAGGACCUCAUGGAGCUGCAGGAUCAGAAUCUUGCUUCAACCAUGAGAGAACAGCAACGUCGAGCCUUAGAAUUUUGGGAAAAAAAUUGGCACUCUGCGGUACCGCUUAAAAUAAAACGCCUUGCUUGUGAGCCAGAGAGAUUCAUUUGGGCAUUGAGUAUGGCACAAUCUCGAUGCAUUAACCUGCAAAUGAGAAUCGGGGCAUUAGUUCAAGAUGCAAACAUGCUCAUUCCUUAUGCUGACAUGCUAAACCAUUCCUUUCAGCCAAAUUGUUUUUUUCAUUGGCGUUUCAAGGAUCGAAUGCUUGAGGUGAUGAUAAAUGCUGGACAACGUAUUAAAAAAGGAGAGGAGAUGACGGUCAAUUACCUGAAUGGACAGAAGAAUAACAUGUUCAUGCAAAGAUAUGGUUUUUCGUCAUCUGUGAAUCCUUGGGAUGUCAUCCAGUUCUCUGGCAAUGCACGGGUUCAUUUGGAUUCCUUCUUGUCAGUCUUCAAUAUUUCUGGCCUUCCUAAAGACUAUUAUCAUAACAGUCGAUUAUCAAGCAAUGGAGAUAGUUUUGUUGAUGGAGCAGUCAUAGCAGCUGCAAGAACAUUGCCCACUUGGUCAGAUGGGGAUGUCCCUCCAGUCCCAAGCACAGAAAGGAAAGCCGUAAAAGAGUUACAGGAAGAAUGCCAACGGAUGCUUGUAGAAUUCUCGACAACUUCUGAGCAAGACCAGAAAAUUUUGGAUUCUAUGCCACAAGCUAGGAGGACGCUUGAAGCAGCAAUCAAGUAUAGAUUGCACAGGAAAUUGUUGAUAGAGAAGGUCAUCCAAGCGUUGGAUAUUUAUCAAGAGAGGAUAUUGUUCUGAUGGUGGAUAACUUUUUAAAGUAUGUGAUGCAGUUCCAGUUUGCACCAAAACAUGCAUUAUUCAUGUGUAUGUGGCCAUUGCAGUAGUUUCCAUGUUGAAGUACACCUGAGAAUGCUCGAAAGAUAAUAGGGAAAGCAUUUUUUUAGAACAGACUUCUAGUCUUGUAGGUAUAUUAAUACUAGUACUCCGUAGUAUAGAACAGGAUACGGAGGGAAUUUUUUUUUUUUUUGCCUUUUGAUUUUAAUUUCUACUUUUUAGUUAUUUAUUAUUAUUAUUAUUAUUAUUAUUAUUAUUAUU